ACAGGUGCUUGACAUUUAACUUUGACCCGACCUUGAAGUCUCACCCUCACCGCUGUCACGUUUGCAAAUGUAAUAUAUACACGACAAGUGAAGAAUUUUCUGUGUAUUCUGAAUAUAUAUUGGUGGACAAUGUCUACAUUUGAUCCAAUAGAACAUCAGCAUAUACGGUUCAACCCUCUUCGUGGCGAUUGGGUACUGGUGUCCCCACAUCGUGCGAAGAGACCAUGGAAAGGCCAGGUCGAAAAACUGGAAGCAGAGAAGGUACCAAGACAUGACCCCAAGAAUCCCCUGUGCCCAGGAGCUACUCGGUCUAAUGGAGAGGUGAAUGAAGAUUAUGAAAGUACCUACGUGUUCAAGAAUGACUUCCCUGCCAUGCUUGAAGAGGGUCCGCCACCUCCACCGAGCGACGACCCGCUGUUCCAAGCGGCACCAGCGUAUGGAACCUGUAAGGUGAUGUGUUUCCACCCGUGGUCCGACCUCACCCUCCCCAUCAUGUCGCACAAGGAGGUGCGCAAAGUCGUCGACGCGUGGGCGGAGCUGAAUGUGGACCUGGGAAAGAAGUUCCUGUGGGUGCAGCUGUUCGAGAACAAGGGAGCAAUGAUGGGCUGUUCAAACCCCCACCCUCACUGUCAGGUGUGGUGCAGCUCCUUCCUGCCCAAUGAGCUGUCUGUGAAGGACAAGACACAGAAGGAAUACUACGACAAGUACAACAAGCCCAUGCUGGUGGAUUAUACAGAAAAGGAACUCAAAAAGAAGGAGCGUGUUGUGCUGGAGAAUGACUACUGGGUGUGGCUGGUCCCCUACUGGGCUGUCUGGCCGUAUGAGACGAUGCUGCUGCCCAAACGUCACGUCCUUCGAAUUGAAGACCUCACAGAUGCGGAGAGAGACUCGCUAGCCGAGAUCAUGAAGAAACUGCUUUCUAAGUAUGACAACAUGUUCGAGGUGUCGUUUCCCUACUCCAUGGGCUGGCAUGGGGCACCCACUGGAGAGCGUCUAAAGGGAGACAACCAGCACUGGCAGCUCCAUGCGCUGUAUUACCCGCCCUUGCUGAGGUCAGCAACAGUGAAGAAGUUCAUGGUUGGGUAUGAGAUGCUGGCCCAGUCUCAGAGAGAUCUCACGGCAGAACAGGCUGCAGAAAAACUACGAGGCUUGUCUGAAGUUCACUAUAAGCUGGCAGAAGAAUCGUGACAACACAGUGUAUAGGAUAUUGUUGACAGUGGGUGGAGGGAAGUGCUGUGCCUUGUGCAGAUGUGUUCUGGUGGUGUGAACUCAUCGCUUGUACUCCAGUCAUGAAAGCACUGCCACGGGAUGUUUAAUAUUGGCCAAACUAAUCAUAGAUGUUUUGUCUUGACUGCUGUGAAAUGUUGUUGUUGUGUUUGAUGAAAGUGAAUCUACUUAUUCUGUGUGGUUAUUGGCAAGGCAGGAAUCGGGCACCAAUCAAACGUCAUACAGUAUAAUACUGGCUUUCACACAUUUAUGUUCUAUAUAGACAUCCUUCAUGCACUGUUUUAGCUGUUCAAACCAGCAUUAACAAUAUGAUCUCAACAGGAGAUUUUACCAAUAUCAUUAAAAUCAGAUCUUAGUGCUUGCUUCUGCUCCACAAUGAUCAUAAGCCAUUACAAGUCACAUAAAACUAUCUUUUUUGAACUUUGAUCUAUGAAAUGACGAACAGGAAGUCAACAUUAGCCAAUCAGAAAGAAGCUUUCUCGAGCUUGAUGACUCAGUUUCAAACUGGCGACUUCCAUUCCGUACUACUGUUUAAAACAUGUUUUAAGAAGUUCUCACUUUAAAAUUUAAAUACUGAACAAGAGAAAAUUCUGAUUGUCAAUAAAUGGGAAAGAUUAUAUGGCAAUACUUCCAACAGGCCAUGGAAAGUGUCUUCCAUUUCAAAUGUUUAUCCCUUUUUGACGGAUUCAGUCGUAUCCGUUAACUGUUGUUCGGAAUGCUUAGUGUUGCAUGAUUGUAUAAUACACUCACACUUUCACAUUCUAUGCUCGGAUUGGUCGGAAGAAAGUGGUUCUGACAGGGUGGGAUGUCUUCUGUAAUAGGAAGUCCUCAGAUCUAUGUGUAGCUGUUGCGAGCGCAGCGCUAUCGUCUGAUUUUACUGAGAUUGGAGAUAUUAAUGAAGGAUGUGUUCAAGUAGAGUUGUGAACAUCUCAAUCUCUUAUGCCUGAGAGAAACCUAUGAUCACAGGUUUGAAUCCGAGAAUUUAUCUGAUCAUGUGUCUAGGUUUGUGAGCAACAUACCAGCUUAUUGGUUUCACCAAAGUGGUAAAAAGUUAGUACCUGCAUACAACUGAAAUACUGUUCAAAUCAGCAUUUAACCAAACUCACCAAUUUUGUGGACUCACAUUUUGACAUGGUCUUAUUGAGUUAAUGGAGCGUAAUUUUCACAGCUGAAUAUUCCUUAUUUGUAGCUGUUAUUAUGUUCAGCCUGCAGUAUACUUGAGAUGUGUGUUUUGUUCAUAAUCUGAGGUUUGAAUCUCCUUGAAGACAACUUGACCAUGUUAUCUCACAGAGCAAUACCAGAACAAUGGCGAUGUGUUUUAUGAAAGUGUUCUCCACAACAUACGUGUCCUCAGUCAGGGAAUUCUACAUUGCCAAAUAAUUAUUAAGACAGAUUUAUGUAUUUUACAGCUAAUAAAGCCUAUAUUAGCA